AUGCCGCCCGGCACGAUGCGGGCCCAAAUCCUCGAAGCUUUCAACCAGCCAUACACCUUCUCGUCGACGCAUCCCGUGCCAGAAACCCCACAGGGCCACGAUGUGCUCAUCCGGGUGAAGGCCGCAUCGUACUGCCACACAGACGCGGUGUUCGCGUCCGGUCAGAUGCAGCAGGGCCUUCCGCGGAUCGGGUCGCAUGAAUUCGCGGGCGUGGUGGAAGCCCUGGGGCCCGAUGCCGAGAAAGUCGCGGCUCGCACCGGUGUCAAGAUCGGUGAUCUCGUCGGCGUCCCUGGCCGUGCGUAUCGCCCGUGUGGGGAGUGUGCUGAGUGUACGGAAAAUGGGGGCGAUUUGGACGGCUAUGGUGUCUGGUGCCCCCGCGCAGGGAAUCUCGGCUUGACCAAGGACGGUGGCUUUCAGGAGCUGUGUCUCGCUGAUGUGAGGCAGGUCGCUAGGGUGCCAGAUCAGGGCGAUUUGAGGCCGGUCGAUGUCGCGCCGCUGAUGUGUGCCGGUGUGACGAUAUGGAAUGCGCUUGAGACUGCCGCUGCGGAAGUGAAGAGCUCUUCUGGCGGUGCGGGUGUAGAGGGCAAGUAUGUUGCUAUCGUCGGGGCGGGUGGUGGUUUGGGCCACCUGGGAGUGCAGUUUGCGGCCAAGUUGGGUUGGAACGUCGUUGCGGUCGACACGACGUCAGCGAUGGGGAUGUUGCAAGAGGUUAUCUCAGACCUUGGCGAGGAGGGAAGAAGAGUCACGGUCGUCAAUGCCAUAACCGAGUCGGUGGAUGCUGUCAAGCGUAAGAUCUUUGGUGAAGCCGCCGCAUGUCGUGAGGGUGAGCAGGGCGUGGACUCUGUUCUCAUUCUACCGGAGUCGCAAGCAGCAUUUGAUUUCGGAAUGGGAGUGCUGAAGAAUCACGGGACUUGUGUCGCCGUUAGUUUCCCCAAGGAUGGCUGGCGCUUUAAGCCGGGUGACUUGGUCUUUCGACAUAUUCGGCUGCUAGGCGUCUUGACGGGCAGGAAUCGGCAGUUGCAGGCCAUGGUCGAUUUCGCGGCCAGGAACGAUGUCCGAGCCAAAAUCAGGACAUAUCCACUGGAGCAGUUGAACAGGCUGGUGGAGGACUACCACAAGGGAGUUGGUGGGAAGCUGGUGGUUGAUAUGGAUUUGCAAGGAUGA